UAAUUCUUGUUCGAAACAUUUGUUUAUUAAAAAUAUUUUUAAAUAAAUAUGAGUGUAAUGUAGCAGAUAUGAGACAAUUUUAAAAUUUUAAAUUAAUUGAAAUAAUUACAUUUAAAAAAGUGCGCGUACUAAUUUUUUAAUCAUCUGAAAUGCGAAGUGAUAAAUGUCACAUAUUUAUGUAGUAAAGUAGCAUUAAAUUAUUCAUCAUCAAGUAGCCGAAGUCAAUCCGCUGGCGGUAGUUCGUCCUGACGGUGAUGUUCUUACGCCGGUUAAAUAUAAAUUUCGUUCACUAGAGUAUAAAUUAAUACUGAAUUUUAUUCAAAUAAUUACGUUUUAUUUAAAAAAAACAUUUAAUAAUAAAUUAUAACAAAAUGAUUAUCAAUUAUGUGUUGCUAAGUACUGCAAUUUUAAGUGUCCAAGCAUCAAUACUCGCUUCGCCACCACAAACUGCCUUGAUUAUUGGAUUUGAAAACGUGUAUGAUCUUUCUCUGCUAGCGAACACCAUUUCCGAUCAAGGUAUCGAUGUGACUCUGGUUAUUCCAGCGUUAAAUUCACGAGAUAUUUAUGAACAUCUUGUGCAAGUGGAAGUUAUAAAACUCAAUUUUACAACUGGAAGUAAUGAUAAGCGAGAGGAAAAAGCUUUAAAAGCUUGCGAGACUUUUUUAAGUGAUAAAAAUGUCAUUAAACGAGUAGGAGAAAUUCAGCCGACAUUUACUAUUUUUCCGGCAAUCAGACAUGAUGCGUGUCUUAUUCCUUGGGCAAAAUCAAUAGAAUCAAUACCGGUAAUUUGGGCACUAGGGCAAGAAGAUGAAUAUUACGCUGUUGAAAAAUCACGAAUGGCGAUUCCAUUUCAAACUGCAAAAUUUUUUGACAGAUUUUUAAUUAAUUUAAAUCUUAAAUCUAUUUCCUCUUAUGCUCAAAAUAAUUAUGUUAAUCAAGCUCUGAAAUUAAUCAAGACGUACAUUAAAAAUUUUCAAGAUACUAAAUUAGAUGAUUUAUACUCCGAUGUUAAAGUGUUUCUCUGGGGAGGUGAUCCUAUUCUACGUGUUAAUUUUGCUCCGUUGACUCACCAGCUAAUCGAGAUUGGCUGCCAUCACUGCAGAGGCGUACAACCCCUACCGCCUGUUCUCCAGAAAGAACUGAUAGAAUUCAAACUAGGAACGAUAGUCGUUACUCUGGACUCGGAAUUUAUAGAUCUCAUAGAACAGUUGGCCCAGGAGAUUCCUCAAGGUAGACAAGGCCAAGCGAUCGUAUGGAAGAGUAAAAUAGUAAAGAAAACAAAUAAAAAAAACGUAUUCAUAAAUGCAGAUGUCGAUCGUCAAGAUCUUAUAGGCUAUUCAAGAACACGAAUAUUAUUUAGUCAUUGUGCAGAUACUGAACUUUUGGAGGCUAAAUUUCACGGCACGCCAGUGAUAUGUUUCCCCCGAAAUUCACAGGAAAAAAAUAAUAAUUUACGUGCCAUUGAAUUGGGAAUAAGUAUACCGCUAAAUAAUGACUAUACAAUUGAAAAUGUAUACAAAACAUUUUACGAAAUAAAUGAAAAUGUUAAAUAUCGUGAAGUCGCAAGAAAAGUAUCACUGGCUAUUAGAGACAAAUUAGCACCAGCGUCUGAUAGACUGAUAUUUUCUCUCAGUUACGCUGCUAGAAAUAAAGAAACGAUGAUCGAUUAUUGGCCAGUGGGAAGAGACAUAAAUAUAAGUACAUUUACUGAGGACGUUAAUUUCUUAUAUGGAUUAAUUAUUGGUAUUACAGUGGGUGCUUUAUUUGUCGCAACUACCGUACUGACUUGGUAUUAUCAAAGUAAAGAUAACAAGUUAACUAAAGUAAAGGGAAAAAAAUAUAAUCGGUAAAUUUGAUAUGUGGUUAUAAAUAUAAAAUAUGUUAUGUUAAAACAUUAAAAUGAAUUACAGUGAUAAAUUCAUAAAUACAUGGACAUUUUUUAUAUGCAUUUAUAAAUAUACUUAAGAAUACAGGAAAUACAUAUACAUACAAAUAUUUCAUGCUAAAAAUACCGCAGCCUAGUGCUUUGCUUUUACUAAGAAAUAUUUGACACAUUCAAGUAAGCUAAUGUAUUAUUAUUAUUAUUAUUAUAUAUUUAUAUUUAUAUGUAUAAAUAAAUUACAAUUUGUCAAUA